AUGACAAACCUUCCUCUAUCAAUAAAAACUCAUACUUGGAAGCGGGAUUCUCACGGUUUAUUUGACUAUGAAUCUAAGAACACUCAAUCAAGCGCUUUUAAAACACUUGUAUCAGGCUCAGUUGUACAAAUAGGAGAAGAAUGCAAAUUUCUUCCUCCUUCACUAUCUCCUCAAGAAGGAAUUUUAGCUCAAAUAACCGAAUCCAAUAAGGAAUUUAUUAUUCAUCCUUCAAACCAAGAGCGGUUUUGGCUUGUUGUAAAAGAAUUAUAUACAGAUCUUGGAAAUCCUGGCUACAAGUUGAGUGAAGGCUAGGCUAAGUUACUAAAAGUCAGGCAUUAGCCAUAUUGGUGAUGAAAUUACUAUAGAUCUCCACACAAUCCUUUUUAUCAUACAGCCCAUCUUCGCCUUGCCUUGAGGAUUCAGUUUUGAGUAGCUUAUAUCUUUCUGCAGGCGAUGCUAGUAGUUUGUUUCCAAGGAUUAAGUACCCAGAGUCUAUCGGGUGACAAAGUGUCUUAUUCUGCAACUAUAAGAAAAAGACUGCUACCUAUGGUCAGGGCUUAUCCCCCGAUUUCUAAGUAGAGAAUGCGCAGGGGUCCAAAGUAAAAUUGCUGGGUAAUUUUCAACCCCUGGAAAGCAGCUAAAACCUAUUAUGAUGCACAUCUGCUGAUGCUAUACUUAGUUUUCGGCUUGGAAUAAGUUCCAGAUGCUUUGACAUUAAGGUCUAGACUAUUACUCGCAAGGGCAGAUUGUAACUGUAGCCAUUUUAAUCAAUAGCUGACUCCCCAAUUAAAUUGGAACAAAAAGUUCUGUUUAAUUUAAAGGGGUUUAAUUGUGUUUUUUUAAAAAAUUAUUAAUUUUUCUCUAUAAAAUUUUCAAAAUAAAAAAAUAUAAAUUGAGCGCAAUAUUUUGAAUUUAGUUUAUUUUAUGAAGAACUAAUUAAAUAAAUUAAUCGAUUCUGUAUGGAAAUCGCUUUCAUAGAAUUCUACUUGCACUUUUUCCAUUAAAUUAGGUCAAAACUAAUUUAUAAAAAUUAUUAUCUUCAUCUUUAAUGUUUUUGAAAAGAUUUUUAAAAAUAGAAAAUUUGAACAUAAUACUUUAAAUUUUAAUUUAUGUUUAUAAAAAAUAAUGAAAAAACUAAUCAAUUCAGUGAGAAAACUGUUUAAGUAGCAUUCUACUUUCAUUUGUCUAUUAAAUUAGGUUAAAAAACUAAUUUUAUAAUUAUUAUUAUUAUUAUCAUCGAUAAAAUUUUACUAUUGGAAACAAAAAUUUCAAUUUUAAAAGGAGCUUAAAGAUCUUAAAAAUUGCAAAUUUUACCGAUGCUUUGUUCCAAUCUAAGAGAGAGGGGAUUGAGUAAAGGUGAUAUGAUUAAAUUUGGUAGAAUCCGUAUGAAAGUAAAGGAAAUUAAUAGCAUAGAAAACUCUUGUUCCAAAGAAGAAACCAAAGCAACGAUUAAUGAAAAAUCAUCUGAAGGCUCUGUGUGUAGAUUUUGUUUAAGCGAAAUGUAUACUGACGAAAACCCAUUAAUUUCACCUUGCAGCUGUUCUGGAUCGAUGAAGUGGAUUCAUUAUAAGUGUCUUCAAACGUGGCUAAAAGGAAAAGUCAAUGUAUAAUUUAAGUUAAAAAUAUGGCGAAGGGCUGCUUUAUAAAUAGAUUUUAUCUAUAAAAUAUAUAAAUGGGCUUAAUAUAUAUGAAAGCUCUAAAUAAUCAUUUGUAGUAUCUGAACACAACAACUCAGUUUGCUACAAAUGGCAUCAGCUUCAUUGUGAGAUCUGUAAAGACAGCUACCCAUCAAGCCUAAAAGUAAACAGCAAGCAGUACAAUAUAAUUGAGGUCAACAAGCCAUUAGGUCCUUAUAUAAUCCUAUUAGAUCUAAAGGGAGAAAAAAACAAUGAUUAUUGUUUGUGGGUAAUUUCUGCAUUUGACAAUUUAUGCUUGACUAUUGGGAGAAGCCAUGAUAAUGAUAUAAGUUUUGCUGAUAUUUCAGUAUCAAGGUGCCAUUCCUCUAUAAGAUUUAUAGGAAAAAGCUUCUAUUUAGAAGAUAACGCUUCUAAAUUCGGGACACUUAUUUUAGCCAAAAAAUCGAUACAUUUAGCACGUAAUUCUAUGCUUGCUGUGCAAUGUAGAAGGACUGUUAUUUAUUUUAGCUUAAAAGAACACCACAGCUUUAUUUCUGCUUGCUUGUGCUGUGGGAGCGAUAAUAAAGUAGCGCCAGAGCCUGUGCAAAUUGAAGAACAGCGAGAAAGCCAAGAAGAGGAAGAAAAAAUAGAUCAUGAAGAAAUUUCUGGGUCACUGUAG